AUGGGCGACGACACAUAUCUGAUCGCGCUGAACUGCGGCUCGUCCUCGAUCAAGGGCCGGCUGUAUGUCGUGCCGCACAGCAAGAAGGAGAAGUUCGAGCAGCAGGCGACGCUGAGCGUCAGCAACAUUGGUGCGCCCGGCGAGCCGAUCCACUUCACGCUCAAGUGGAGCGACAACAAGGGCAAGGACAUGGACAUCCACACGGACGACGGAGGGAGUGUCGAGCACAAGGACCUGUUCCCGCGCAUCCUGGACCACCUGUCCGGCUCUGGCGGUGUGAAGAAGGACCAGAUCCGCUACGUGACGCACCGUAUUGUGCACGGCGGUGAAAACAAGAAGCCCCUCGUCGUGACGAAGGAGCACCCCGAGGCGCUAAAGGACAUGGACAAGCUCGGCGAGUUUGCCCCGUUGCACAACUACCACGCCAUCCUCGGCGUCCGUGCUUGCCUCGACGUGCUGCCUGAGAGCAAGAACCUGCUCUGCUUCGACACGCUGUUCCACCAGACCCUCCCGCCCGCUGUGUACAAGUACUCCCUGCCGCCGACAAAGGUUAAGACCGUGAUCCCAUUGCGAAAGUACGGCUUCCACGGACUCUCCUAUGCGUCAAUCACGCACACGCUCUCGAAAGAGCUCGGGCGACCCGCGAACCUCGUCGUAUGUCACUUAGGAUCCGGCUGCAGCGCCGCCUGCAUCCACGAGGGCAAGAGCAUCGACACGUCGAUGGGCCUGACGCCGCUCGAGGGUCUCGUCGGCGGAACGCGCACGGGUUCGAUCGACCCCACGGCCAUCUUCCACCACACGCCCGACUACGCCGAGAUGGUGCCCGAGCUGCACGUCAACAAGGCCGAGUACAUCAUGAACAAGAAGUCCGGCCUUCUAGGUCUGUCGGGCACGACCAACUUUGGCCACAUUUGCGAGCGCAAGGCUGCCAACGUCGGCGACGUUCUGGGCAAGAAUGAGAAGAGCGACGGGUUCAAGGUAACCAAAGAGGAUAAGGAGAACGCGGCGGUCACGUACGACGUGUUCCUUGACCGGCUCAUGGCGUAUUUGAGCCAGUACGUCAUGAAACUCGCGUACGAGACGGGAGGCGUAGAGAAGAUUGACGGGAUCGUGUUCGCGGGCGGGAUUGGGGAGCACUCGGCCGAAUUGCGCAGGGAUGCGAUCGGACGGCUCGGCGUGCUCGGCGUCAAGAUUGAUGAGAAGAAGAAUGAGGCUGGCGUGCCCGAGGGCAAGACUCAGGUGCUCGUCAGCACCGGCGACAGCAAGGUCAAGGUGUACAUUGUCCUCACGGACGAGGAGGGGUGGACGGCGCACAUGGCGCGCGAGGUGUUUGACAUAUAG